GAACUCCUUCACAGACAUCCUCCGUGCCAUCCUGCUGUCAUUGGAAGUCCUUAUUGAAGAUCCGGAGCUUCAGAUAAAUGGCUUCAUUUUAAUUAUAGACUGGAGUAAUUUUUCCUUCAAACAAGCCUCCAAACUGACACCUUCAAUUCUUAAACUGGCCAUUGAAGGGCUGCAGGACAGCUUUCCUGCCCGCUUCGGAGGAGUCCAUUUUGUCAACCAGCCCUGGUACAUUCACGCCCUCUAUACGCUCAUCAAGCCGUUCCUUAAAGACAAGACCAGAAAACGGAUUUUUCUGCAUGGAAACAAUUUAAACAGCCUCCACCAGCUAAUACACCCUGAAUUUUUGCCCUCUGAAUUUGGAGGAACUCUUCCUCCUUAUGAUAUGGGAACUUGGGCCCGGACGUUACUCGGUCCUGACUACAGUGAUGAAAAUGACUAUACUCACACUUCCUAUAAUGCAAUGCAUGUGAAACAUACAAGCUCCAACCUGGAGAGGGAAUGCUCACCCAAGCCGAUGAAAAGGUAAGGCCUGGGUUAUCAGAGCCUUCCAAUCAGAGGUCAGUGAAAUUUUUGAUUUGAGCCUAUUGUGGGUUAACUAAUUGGAAAGCUCUAUGGGCACAGAACUUGAAUAAAAUAA